AUGGGCGUCGCCGCCAGCACGCUGUGGGCGUCGCUCUUCGGCUCGCGCCAGCUGAAGCUCUGCAUCCUCGGCCUCGACAAUGCGGGAAAAACGACGCUGUGCUACCAGAUGAGCAUGGGCCAGGCCGUUGCCACGGCGCCCACGGUGGGCUCGAAUACGGAGCUCUUCACGUACCGCAACCUGCAACUCCUUCUCUAUGACGUCGGCGGGCAAGCAGCGCUGCGCGCCGGCUGGGCGGCGUACCUGCAGGGCGCCGACGGCAUCAUCUUCGUGCUCGAUUCGACGGACCGCGAGCGGCUAGGCACGGCGCGCGAGGAGCUGUGGCGUGUUGUGGGCGAGCAAGCACAGCGCGCCGUGCCGCUGCUGCUCUUCGCCAACAAGCAGGACGUGCGCGCCUGCAUGGGCGCCGCCGAGAUCAGUGCCGCGAUGCGCCUCACCGAGCUGCGGCAUGCCGACUGGCACAUCCAGGCCUGCUCGGCGCUGACGGGCGACGGAGUGACACAAGGGCUGGACUGGCUGGCCGCACGAUUGGGCGCCAAGGCAUAG